GAGUAACACACCAAGGCGAAGGCUCAUCUCUCGCGAGGAACGACGCCGUUAUCGGAAUCUCUACAAACAACACGAGAAUUCAUCAUUCACAUGUUUUGAACAAUGUCUGAACAAGAGUUGGAUGAGAUUGUGCAGAUAACUGUUGAAGAUUUCAAUCAGGAUGCCCAAACUGAAAUGCUGGACAAUCAUGACGAGGAUGAGGAAAGGCCUCACAAGAAAAGAAGAAAGUUGAGCAGCGGUCUGGAGAAUCAUAACAUUAACCAGGACGUAUCUUUUAUUAAGAAUCUGUUGGUGUCAUUCACUGCAUCUAUCAGCCAGCGAUUAGAGGGAAUUGAGUCAAAGUUACAAGCUCUGGAUGCAACAUGCAAAGCCCUUGGACGCAAACUGGACAGCAUGAUGCCUUGUGCAAAAAGCCCCAUCCAGGUCCCUAUGGUUGCAGGGUCUCCUCAGGGUGCCACUCAGACUUGGAACAAAGUGCGAUGUGUUGUUCCAGAAACAAAUGUGAUAGUGAGCAGUGAACAGUCAAAGAGUGCUAGCCAAGAAGACACCCCUCUGGAGAAUUUGCUCAGCAAUGUGUCCAGGAGGCGGCAGAACACAAUCUUAGUAAAAGUUCCUGGUCCUGAAGAGAGCCAGGAAGACCAAGAGAGCGGCUCAGAGGCCAGUGACUCUGUUUCCAACAGUGGAAAUUCUAGCAACACGCCAAAUGUUACACUGAUCACACUGAAUUCAGAAGAGGAUUACCCAGCAGGCACGUGGUUAGGAGAUGAAAACAACCCAGAGAUGCGAGUUCGUUGCCCAGUGUCUCCAGCUGACAUGAUUCACAUCACCUCAAAUUGCCGCACAGCAGAGAAAAUGGCCCUGACACUGCUGGACUACCUGUUCCACCGGGAGGUCCAGGCCAUGUCAAACCUCUCCGGUCAGGGCAAACACGGGAAGAAGCAGCUAGACCCGCUCAUGAUCUAUGGCAUUCGCUGUCACUUGUUCCACAAAUUUGGCAUCUCUGAAUCAGAUUGGUACCGUAUCAAGCAAAGCAUCGACUCCAAGUGUCGCACUGCGUGGAGACGUAAACAACGUGGCCAGAGUUUGGCUGUCAAGAGCUUCUCCAAACGCACACCUCGCACAUCUUCAGAAGGAAGCGUUGCAGAAGAAUCAGCCCACAUUGAGACCCCUGCUCCGCAGACGUUGCACUACACACUCGCCAACCAGCAGGUCCAGUUCCACCGAAUUGGUGAGGAUGGACAAGUUCAGGUGAUUCCACAGGGUCAGCUGCACAUCGCCCAGGUACCUCAAGGAGAAGAAGUACAGAUCACACAGGACAGUGAGGGAAACCUUCAGAUCCACCAGGUACAUGUUGGCCAGGAUGGGCAGGUGUUGCGUGGGGCCCAGCUCAUAGCUGUGGCGUCAGCUGAUGGCGGAGCUACAGCAGUGGAAGGCUCCUCUCUCCCCCCUGACAUCCAAGUGCAGUACGUUCAACUAGCCCCUGUUGCAGAUCACACAGCUGCUGUACAGGCUGCUGAACUGGCCCCGGCCCUUCAGGCAGACAUGGAAGUGAAAGAGGCCAUCCAGGGAGCCAUCCAGGGUGAGAAUGGUGAGGUGGUGCAGAUUGUCACGUCCGUGGCCACCUGAGGACCCCAUUUGAUUCGACAUUCUGCGUUACAUCACUUACCAGUCGAUUGAACAUCAAGAGGUCAACAACUGCUUACUGUCUGAAAAGCAAUCAAGUCUGAAUGCUUUUUUAACGAACACUGAUGAAACACAGGGAAGAAGCCUUUUUUAUUUCCCCCUUCAAACAGUUGCCAACCAGAUUUAACCAUGUGAACAGAGAACUUAAAAGACCCUGAUAGGAUGAAAUCAGCUGUGGUCUCUCUGUUGUUUUCACCACUUGAAGGACCUGGCCCACCACAGAAUACACAUCGGGAUUAUAAUCUAUCCAGGGAGGAUAGUGCUUAGGCAGACCUUCACCCUGCCACUUCAUCAACAGAGGUGCUUGUUUACAUCAACCUUGGAAAACAGUGGAGACACUUGGAGUAAAGCUGCUUGGCUAACUCCCUAAAAGCCCCCAUGAGGGGUCUGUAAAACCCCUGAAUCCCACCUCAAACAAACAGUGCUGUGCUUUUUUUUUCCUCGUGUCACGAUGAACUGCAGUGGAAAGUAGAUUUAGCUGAGGACAACGACUCUUGGCUGAAACUAAUCUGGUUCACUGUCACUCUCCAUGAUUUGGUCCAUACUGCAUCUCCCAGCUGUGAUCCCUGCUUUUCUUUACUUUCCUCAGCUUGUUUUCCACCCAGCUUUGUUUGUUUGUUUGAUUUAUGUAAUUGCAGCAUAGCAAAAAUACUUGCAGGGCUUUAAUUUUGGAGGUAGAAGACCAUGAAAUAGAAGAGAUGGUGCCAGUGGUAGACAGUACCAGUUGCUUGUAGAAUACCAAGGAAGCCCUGAAGUUGUUUAUUUCCCCAUUUUGUGUCUGUGAAAGAUACAUUCAUGUGAAUAAAACAUGUUUGUGGUUGCCAUAAAAA